AUGGAACUAAAACUCAGCAAUAGGUGGCGAAGCAAAGGCACAUUGUAUUACCUAACACCUGUUAAUCUGAUCAAGACAGCCAUUGACAAAGUGAAACAUCGGAAAUUUGGGGCAGAGGACUUUAUCUAUAUGUAUAAGGUUUUCACCAGACGAUCAGAGCCUCAGGACCUAUUCAAGCAAUAUACUUCUGAUGGUAAAAACCUGACAGCCCUCGAUCUGCUGUACUUUCUGAACCAUGAGCAGCAUGAGAUCAACGCAGACGAAUACACUGCUUUAUCGAUAAUUAACAGCCACGAACCAGAGAUGAGGUCCAAGCUGAAAAGAAGGUUAAUGACAUCCAGUGGCUUCUUCAGAUAUAUAACCUCUACAGACUGUUGCAUAUUCAGUCAAGAUCAUACCGAGGUCUACCAACGCAUGGAUUUGCCCAUGACAGCUUAUUUCAUAGCAUCUUCACAGGACACCUUCACAAGCAACCAGUUAAUAGGACAAAGCGACAUUAAUGGAUAUAUAAGUGCUUUGAAAAAAGGCUGCCGUUGUUUGGAACUGGAUUGCUGGGAUGGACCUGAAAAUGAGCCCAGAAUUUAUCAUGGCUUUGCCCUGACUUCCAAUAUUCUGGUCAAGGAUGUUAUUGAAGUUAUUAACAUGCAUGCAUUUGAGACAUCUGAGUAUCCUUUGAUACUUUCUUUGGAGAUUAACUGUAACCCAAUUCAACAGCGUGUAAUAGCCAACCAUCUGGUCAAUAUCCUGGAAGACAAAUUAAUCACCAUGAACUAUGCUGGUGAUGGCCCAAAUCAAUUAUCUUCUCCUAAGGACUUAAGACACAAGAUAUUGAUCAAGUGCAAGAACGUUCGAAUGCUCAGCUGCACGUUUCCUGGAACGUGGCAUUUGGUGGAUGAGGAGGUUGGAAAGUUCAAAGGAGAAUUUGACCCCGAGGCAGAAUCUGAAGUCAGGAGUGUGAUACCAGCUGGGGUACGGGCGUUCAGGAUGAAGGAGAAAAGAAAGGUUGGACUCGCAAUGGAAUUCUCAAAUGUCAUGGUAUAUAUAAAACCAGUCAAAUUUAAAGACUUCAAGCAUUCAUGGGACAAUCAGCUGUUUUAUGAAACUUGUGAAUUUGUACUGCACAAUUCAAAAUUCCUUUCAAGGAUUUACUCUGCAGGCAUCAGAAAGAAUCCUUCCAAUUACAAACCUCACGAAUUCUGGAAUGUUGGCUGUCACAUGGUUUCAUUAAAUUAUGAGGCUCCUGGAUUGGGCAUGGACCUUAGCCGAGGCAAGUUUCAGGACAAUGGAGGAUGUGGCUAUGUCCUUAAGCCUCACUUCAUGAACAACGGCAGCAAAUUUGACCCACUUUCUUCCAAACACGAUUUUGAACCAAUGAUCGCUUUAAUACAGAUCAUUAGUGGUCACCACCUACCAGUCUGCAGAGCACAAAGUAAUAUAUCAAUUGAUCCCUGUGUGCGAGUGGAAAUUUAUGGUGUGCCCACAGACAGUGCAAUACAGCAAACCAAGGUCUUACCUUCAGCAGGUGAGGAAGUUAGAAUGUAUGCAUGUGGUGUAAGCCAUGUUGUCACGUUGCUACACUAA